UAUUAAACGUUUGACAAUCGGACGUAUAGUAUCAUUGUAUGUCUUUAACAUAUGCCAUCCUAAAAGGAAGGAAAUAUAAAGGCAUACACUGCAGUAGCAUAAUCAGAUAAUAGGAAAAACUUGUGAACAUGGGUCGUGCUAUUUUGUGUGUUUUGUUUGUGAUUUUCGAUUUUGGAUUGUGUUAUAUUAACCUGGCAGAUAUAGAAUGCGGUGCCCAAUCCUUUAGGAAUGCACGUAUUGUUGGUGGAACGAGCAGUCAGCCAGCUGAGUUUCCAUGGGCUGCUAGCAUCUGGAGACAAGGCACCCAUCAGUGUGGUGCCACAGUCAUAAGUGAUCGUUGGUUGAUCACAGCUGGGCAUUGUGUUUGCAAUGUAUUCGAUGCCUUUUAUAAGGCGAAACAACUGACAGCUGUCGUUGGCUUCACGGAUAUAUCAACUUCGGAUAGAAAUGAAGCAUUAUCAAGCAUAGUACCACAUCCCGACUACAGAUGCAAAAAGAAGACCAACGAUGUUGCUUUACUGAAAACAAUUCGUCAGCUAAUAUGGAGUAGUUCUAUUCGCCCUGCAUGCCUACCGCAACCAUUAGAUUCAGACUAUAGUGGACAGUUGGCUACGGUAGCUGGUUGGGGCUUCACUCACGAAGAUAGGGGUGUUGGCGAGAGGCCCAAUGUUCUUCAGAAGACUGACGUUCUAGUUGUUGACAACGAUGUCUGCAACGAUUGGUAUAAAUCCCAAGGUAGCAAAGUUCGGAUAAUUGGUACACAGAUGUGCGCAGGACACGAGAGUGGUGGUAGAGAUUCUUGUUGGGCUGACAGCGGCGGCCCUCUAAUGACUAAAAAUGAAAAUGGUCACACUACGCUCAUAGGAGUUGUUUCAACUGGUAGUGGAUGUGCAAGAGCAAAGAUGCCUGGUAUCUACACAAGAGUAUCUCGAUACACAGAAUGGAUACAGGCAAGUGUUAGUGAAGACACGUCACGAUCUAGUUUUAGAUGGUUUUCGGGAGCACGUUAGACCUAUAUCUCUAGUAGUACCAACCAAUAGAUAUUGUAUUGUCUACAGCAAGCUUACCACUCAAAAAAGAUAGAUCCUCUUUUCCUCACCCUCCUCUACCCUAAAACCGGCAACGCACCCACUAACAUGGGUAUUCAUGAGCUGCGGUAUGGCCGGCACUAGGCUCGUCUCCCCAAGAUAGCUCCCCGCAUUAUUUCAAUAGCGAUUUCGAUUUCAAUUAAGUCCCUCCAUCUUCGUCGUGCUUUUGGUUUUUGGUCGAAAAGGUUAAAUAUAAAAGAAAUCUUUCUUGUAGUAGUGCAGUAAUUAAUCUAGGAUAAUUCUUAAUUAAUAAGUUUGUGAUAUUUGAGUCUAUUU